GUGGCAUGGGAUACCACAUUUCAUCAUCCACUAACUAAAUAAGUUUCUAUUCUUGGUUUUUUUUCAUCACAUCCCAAUAAUGGAAAUAGGAAGCAUAACUGAGUUCCUUAAGGAUAAGAAUGUUUUGGUCAUUGGUGCCACGGGCUUCCUUGCAAAAAUUUUUAUAGAGAAGAUACUGCGAGUCCAACCCAAUGUGAAGAAACUGUAUCUUCUUUUGAGAGCCAAAGAUGCUGAAUCUGCCACUCGCCGAUUGCACAAUGAGAUUUUAGGGAAGGAAUUGUUCAGAUUAUUGAAGGAAAAAGUGGGUGCAAAGUUCAAUUCCUUUGUCUCAGAAAAGUUGACUCUUGUUCCUGGAGAUAUCUCUUAUGAAGACUUUAAUUUGAAGGACUCCAUUCUACGCCAAGAGCUUUACAAUGAACUUGAUGUUAUAGUUAACUUAGCUGCAACAACUAACUUCGACGAAAGAUACGAUGUUGCAUUGGGUUUAAAUACAUUUGGAGUGAAGCAUGUAUUAAGCUUUGCCAAAAACUGCACUAAACUGAAGGUGCUUGUCCAUGUAUCAACAGCAUAUGUAUGUGGGGAGAGAGGAGGAGUGAUAGUAGAGGAUCCACACAAAAUGGGUGUUUCACUGAAUGGAGUGCAAGGACUCAACAUUGUUGAGGAAAAGAAGAUUGUGGAGAAGAAGCUGAAGCAACUUCAACAGGAUGGAGCCACAGAGGAAGAAAUCAAAAUCUCCAUGAAGGACUUGGGCAUGGAAAGAGCAAAUGAAUAUGGAUGGCCAAACACAUAUGUGUUUACAAAAGCAAUGGGAGAAAUGCUAGUUGAAACUUUAAAAGAAGAUAUGCCAGUUGUUAUUCUACGUCCUACAAUCGUUACUAGCACCUACAAAGAACCAUUUCCUGGUUGGGUGGAAGGCGUAAGAACCAUCGAUAGUUUAAUUGUUGCGUAUGGUAAAGGAAAAUUAACAUGCUUCCUUGCGGACCUUAAGAAGGUGUUUGAUGUGAUACCAGCAGACAUGGUAGUGAAUGCAAUCCUUGCAGCGAUGGUGGGUCAUGGGAGCAAUAAUGAAGCAUGUGAUGAGAUGAUAUAUCAUGUAGGGUCGUCGAUGGCAAAUCCAGUGAAAUACCAUGAUCUGCGUGACUAUGGAUUCAGAUAUUUCAGCGCAAAACCAUGCUUAGACAAGGAAGGAAAUGCCAUAAGAGUUGGCAAGGUUACGGUGUUGGAGAGCAUGGCUAGCUUCCAGAGAUACUUGUUCAUUCGCUACUUGGUUCCAUUAAAGGGGUUAGAGCUAGUGAACGUAGCAUUUUGCCACUACUUUGAGGGAACCUAUUUAGAUAUCAACAGGAAGAUCUCUAUUGUUAAGCGUUUGGUUCAACUUUACAGGCCCUAUUUGUUCUUCAGUGGCAUAUUUGAUGACAUGAACAGAGAGAAAUUGCAGAUGGCAGCCAAGCAAGGUGGAGCAGAGAUGGAUUUGUAUUACUUCGACCCAAAAAUCAUUGACUGGGAGGACUACUUUAUGAAUGUCCACUUCCCUGGCAUUGUCAAAUAUGUCUUCAAGUGAAACCAAUAUAGACUAUAUAGACUAUAGACUCAUUUAUUGUAGUUUAUGCUAAAAACAAGGCCUAGCUAGGAUCAUCUCACCAUGAAUGCAUUAACUAGGCCUACGGGCUUUAUUCCUUAACCAUGGGCCUUAUGCGUCAUGGGACUCUAUUUCAAUCAAUCAUAUUA